AUGGAGCAGAGGCACCAGUUGACGCCGGAGCACGAAGCUUACCUCCUUGAACGCCAUGGAACUACUGAUCUUGAGCCCUUACCAUCCGCCGACCCUAAUGACCCUUACAACUGGCCCUCCUGGAAGAAAAACGCCAAUCUCACUGUCGUGGCAUUCCAAGGACUGACCACAGUUCUCAACGCUGCUGGUGUCAUCCCGGCACUUCCUCUCUUGAUGGAGGCUCUCGGCGUCUCCGUCCACAAGGCGACUUAUAUCAUCGGCGUCAACAUCCUCUUCCUGGGAAUAGCUCCCUUGUUCUGGAAACCGUUUGCCAAUCGCUUCGGAAGGCGGCCGACCUGGUUGCUCGCCACUCUCGGCAGUGGACUCUUGAACAUAGGUUGCGUUUAUUCCAAAUCCUAUGGAACCAUGAUCACCUUUCGGAUCCUCACGGCCUGCUUUCUGAGCCCCGCUCUCGGCUUGGGCGGCGCUGUGGUCACAGAAACGUUCUUCAGCCACCAGAGAGCAACCAAGCUUGGAAUUUGGACUGUAGCUUUCACGAUAGGUCCCUCUCUGGGACCGUUCCUCGCCGGUUUCAUCGUCUAUCACACAAACAACUGGCAAUGGGUCUACUGGUUCUUUGUCAUUGUGAGCCUUGCGACAUUUGUUGCCGCUCUGUUUCUUUGCCCAGAAACAUUGUAUAUCCGAAACUCUCCGUCUGCACAACAACAAUUGACCAUCAAGAAGCAAUAUUUGAGCUUGCGCCGCAUUGACCCCGCCCCAUUCACCCUCACUGAGAUCUUUCAGCCAUAUGUAAUGCUACUGCGACCCAGUGUCUUGCUGCCGGCCGCUUCAUAUGCCGUGGUCUUUUGCUUCGCCAGUCCCGCAGUGAGCGUCAUUAUUCCGACCGCUUACGGAGAAAAGUUCGGCCUCAACGCGCAGCAGAUCGGACUGCAGUUUCUGGCGAUCAUGAUCGGUGCAAUCAUUGGAGAACAGGUUGGAGGGUUCCUGAGUGAUGGAAUGAUGCGCUGGAAGCGCGGUGCAGCCGAAAGGAGGCCGGCAGAGUUCCGCCUUUGGGCAUCGUAUAUCGGCUUCGCGACUGCGAUCGCUGGAAUGGUGGAAUGGGGAGUCACGCUACAGAAUGCUCCCGUCGGAUGGUGGACUGUUAAACCAGAUAUCGGUCUGGGCAUCUUGACCUUUGGACUCCAGGUCGUAACAACGACCCUAGUCACAUAUGCUGUUGAUUGCAACCACAACGAGGCGGCCGCCGUGGGUGCAGCAAUUAACCAGGUCCGGCAAAUAUGGUCUUUCAUCGGCCCGUUCUGGUUUGUCCCCAUGUAUGAAGCCCUGGGGUUCGCAAAGGCUGGGGGGAUGAUGGCGGGCCUCAUAGCGGCAGCUGCGUUGCCAAUCCUAGCUUUGCACAUCCUGGCAUCAUCCAGGCGGCGAGGCUCCGGUGUGCAUUUCGAGCAUCCUGACUCCAAGCCUGAGCACCAGUCUGUGACCACUAAAGAUACUGGUGUCUCAUCAUACGUGGAAAAGGUUACUGAGGCUUGA